UCAACCUAAAGCAGAUUGAGGCACGACAAAACCUAAUUCGGGGUGACAUUGAGAAAGCAUCCCAUCGGUUGGAUCGUAACCCGCAUCGAACGCCAAGGUUUAGAUCCAAUAAAAGGCCAUUCAAAUCCCAUUUCCAGCCUAGGGUUUUUCUUUUCUGAUUCAUUCUUUCACUCCCAACCAUGUCGCUCAGGCCAAAUGCCAGAACCGAGGUUCGCCGCAACCGUUACAAGGUCGCCGUCGACGCCGACGAGGGCCGCCGUAGGCGAGAGGACAAUAUGGUCGAGAUCCGCAAGAGCAAGCGCGAAGAGAGUUUGCUUAAGAAGCGUCGCGAAGGCCUCCAACAGUUCCCCGCUCCUCUUCAGAAUUCCACCGUCGACAAGAAGUUAGAGAGUCUUCCUGCCAUGGUUACUGGAGUUUGGUCGGAUGAUAAUAGUCUGCAACUCGAGGCCACAACGCAAUUUCGAAAGCUGCUUUCCAUUGAGCGGAGUCCUCCGAUUGAGGAAGUUAUUCAAGCAGGCGUUGUUCCACGUUUUGUUGAGUUUCUUGUUAGGGAGGAUUUCCCUCAACUUCAGUUUGAGGCAGCAUGGGCUCUCACAAAUAUUGCAUCUGGGACUUCUGAGAACACUAAGGUGGUCAUUGAUCAUGGGGCAGUUCCUAUAUUUGUCAAGUUACUUAGUUCUCCUAGUGAUGAUGUUCGGGAGCAGGCAGUGUGGGCUUUGGGAAAUGUUGCUGGCGAUUCUCCUAGGUGUAGAGAUCUAGUGCUCAGCAAUGGUGCUCUCAUCCCACUAUUAGCCCAGUUGAAUGAGCAUGCAAAACUCUCAAUGCUGAGAAAUGCCACGUGGACAUUAUCUAACUUCUGUAGGGGUAAGCCACAACCUCCAUUUGAGCAGGUGAGACCAGCACUUCCGGCUCUUGAGCGUUUGGUUUUUUCCAACGAUGAAGAAGUUUUGACAGAUGCUUGUUGGGCACUAUCAUAUCUCUCUGAUGGUACAAAUGACAAAAUCCAAGCAGUUAUUGAGGCAGGCGUAUGCGGCAGAUUGGUGCAGCUCCUCAUGCACCCAUCUCCCUCAGUGCUGAUUCCGGCUCUUCGUACAGUGGGAAAUAUUGUGACUGGAGAUGACAUGCAGACUCAGAGUAUUAUCAACCAUGGUGCACUCCCUUGCCUUUUGAACCUGUUGACACAUAAUCACAAAAAAAGCAUCAAGAAAGAAGCUUGCUGGACUAUAUCAAACAUUACUGCUGGAAAUAAGGAACAAAUACAGGCUGUUAUUGAAGCAGCUCUGAUUGCCCCCCUUGUCAAUCUUCUUCAAAAUGCCGAGUUUGACAUUAAAAAAGAAGCUGCUUGGGCAAUCUCAAAUGCUACAUCGGGUGGAACACAUGAUCAGAUCAAGUACUUGGUGAGCCAGGGUUGCAUAAAGCCUCUCUGUGAUCUGCUUGUUUGCCCGGACCCAAGGAUUGUCACUGUCUGUUUAGAAGGUCUAGAGAAUAUUCUCAAGGUUGGAGAAGCUGAGAAGAGCCUAGGUAAUACUGGAGAUGCCAACUUGUAUGCACAGAUGAUAGAUGAUGCCGAGGGAUUGGAGAAGAUUGAAAACCUGCAGAGUCAUGACAACAACGAAAUAUACGAAAAGGCUGUUAAAAUUCUUGAAACAUACUGGUUGGAAGAUGAGGAUGAGACAUUACCUUCAGGAGAUGGUGCUCAAGCUGGUUUCAAUUUUGGAAGCAAUGAGCUUCCAGUCCCAUCUGGUGGAUUCAACUUUAGUUGAAGACCUUUUCCUGAGAAGGGAGUUGUUGGAUGAAGUAGGAGUUUAUGCCGGAUGGCUGUUGGGAUAGUCUGGAGGGUCAAUCAUUGCACCUUGUGUCUGCUUAUAGUCUGGUCUGGUAUGGUCUGGUGUAGUGUCGUCCUUCGUGGUUAAUGAGUUGCUGGGGUUAGUUUACGCUACCAAGUCCAAGUAAUAAAGGACUGGUGGAUUCAACAGCAGCAUAAUGACCUUUUUUUCAGCUGUUUUGUUGUAUAAAAUAUAUAUAUAAUAUAUAUUGCUGGUGAGUGGUGAGAAAUAUCUGGAAGGUCGUAUGUUGCAGUGACACAGACACGGGCUAUAUGGCGAGGGGUUUUUCUACAAUGCGGCUUUCAGUGCUGUUUUUAUCGAGUCCUAGUUGUACUGACAAUUUAUUUGGUCAGUCUUUAUUUGAUUUGGGUAAAUAUAUUAUUCCGAAACAAUUUUUAAGAUCUAUUUCAAAUUCCAAUUGAAGAAUUAGUGCUA